AUCAAUGAAAUCAGUAGAGCAACGAGCAUCAUCGGGAAUGGUCCUGCUCAACUGCCAGAUUCGCAUUCCUAGUGAUUUCCGUUAUUAGAAACCUCUGCUUAGAAGACGCCACUAAAUAGAGACCGGCUGCGAGACUGUUUGAGAGAAAGUGUUUCCCCCCCAACAAUUUUGGCGCGCGUUUCUGUUUUCGGUUUCCAAGAAAAAGACGGUUCGAUCUAUUUUGGUGCAAACGGGAAUUUUCAUCAGUGAGUUAAAAUGCCAAUUACGGAGAGUCGGGAGUUAAAUUUGCCACAAGAGGACUGGCAGCCUAGAAUAAGUUUGUCGGAACUGAACGAAGAGGACAAGAAAAAUGGACAGAAUUCCAUCGCCGUGCCCGGAGACGAAGCCACAAUCAUCAUCAAUGGCAACGCCGACGGUGCUGAUCCUAAUGGACUGCCCAUGUCCGACACUUCGUCUGAAUCCACGAAUACCCGCGAAAAAUGGUCUAAAAGCAUAGAAUUCCUGCUGUCCUGUAUCGCGUUGUCGGUCGGAUUCGGCAACGUUUGGCGCUUCCCGUACACGGCAUUCCAGAACGGGGGUGGCGCAUUCGUAAUUCCCUAUCUGGUGGUGCUUCUCGUUGUUGGCCGCCCGCUGUACUAUCUGGAGAUGGUCGUGGGUCAGUUUGCCAGCCGGGGAUGUGUCAAAGUGUACGAUAUGUGUCCAAUGUUCCGGGGCAUCGGAGUCGGACAGACCAUCGCUAUGCUCAGCAUCCUGGGAUACUAUGCCGCGAUUCUGUCGCUCGCUGUGCGUUACUUUUUCGAAUCAUUUAAAUAUCCGCUGCCCUGGGGCAACUGCAAGCCGGAAUGGACCGAGCCGUGUGUUGACUCAAGCUUCUUGGGGAAAGCGGCUUUCCCGAACGCGACACCAUCGGCGGCGCUCUACUUCAACAAUAACAUAAUGCACAAGCGGACCAACUUGGAUGACGGACUGGGCACCCCGGAUUGGCAGCAAAUUAUGUGCCUGUUCACGUGUUGGGUCAUCAUCACCGGAAUGGUGAUCAAGGGAAUCAAAAGUUCCGGAAAAGCUGCCUAUUUCCUGGCCCUGUUCCCGUACGUUAUCCUGUUCAUUCUGUUGAUAAAUGCUUGCUUCCUGGAGGGUGCUGCCGAUGGAAUCCGGUAUUUCUUCACACCGCAGCUGAGCAAGAUUUUGGAACCCAGAGUUUGGUACGAAGCUGUUUCACAAUGUUUCUUUUCUCUAACGAUCGGUUUGGGUGCUGUUACAGUAUUUUCAUCAUUCAAUGGAUUUUCCAAUAACAUUUACCGUGAUGCCAUGAUCAUCUCCUGGUUGGAUACCUUCACAUCGCUGCUUUCUGGAGUAAUUGUAUUCGGAGUCGUUGGAAAUGUUGCUAGCGUGACCAACAAAACGGUGGAUAGUGUGAUGACGUCGGGACCCGAUCUAACCUUCAUUACCUAUCCAGAUGCUAUCGCUAAGAUGCCCUGGGCUCCGAAUGUGUUUGCCGUACUGUUCUUCCUGAUGUUUGUCGUGUUGGGAUUGGGUAGUAACACUGGAAUCGUGAUGACCAUUUUGACUUCGCUGCAGGAUCGGUUUCCUGGUAUAAAAAUCUGGAAAGCUGUGAUUGUCAUCGGGAUCAUCGGUUUCCUGUGUGGGCUGGCUUAUAUUGCUCCGGCCGGAAUAAUAAUGCUGGACAUUGUCGACUUCUACGGGGUGCGGUUCGUGUGUCUGACGCUCAUCGUUCUGGAGAUAGUUGCCAUCUGCUGGAUCUACGGCGUCAACCGGAUCUGCUUCGACAUCAAAUUCAUGCUCGGCAUCGAAACGGGUCUGUUCUGGAGGGUGUGUUGGGGAUUCUUGACUAUCGGCAUGAUCGUUCCCAUCCUGAUAUUCUUCGUGAAUCAGUUCGAGGUGUUCCAGUCCCCCGUUGGCUACAAGAUUUUUGGAUGGUUCCUGUACCUUUUCACCGUACUUCAGGUAGUGGGUUGGGGCAUCUUCGCUGUUCGACAAGUGAAAAAAUCAAACAAAAUGGAGCUAGCUACGACAAAUCAAUCGUUGUGGAGUCGAAUUGUGAUUGCCUGCAAGCCCACCCAAAACUGGGGACCGGAAAGUGAAACAACUCGAACCAAUUAUCAUAGUGAAAUUCGGAGGUAUCAGGACUCGAUUGGACGGGGCGGAAGUUUGGCAACGAGGGCCUACCGGAGGAUUUUCAAGUGAAAAUGUUUAUAUUUUGUAUUGCAUAUCGACAUUUAGUUAUUAAGAUAACAAUUUACAUGUAACGGGAAACCUUUUAGCGUUUAGAAUAGAUAAGUACAAACCAACUGCGCACAGAAAAUGAAAAUAGAACACUGCCUAGAAUUUUA